UAUAUGUGAAUGUGAAUGCUUGAGUUUAGUUGAAUAUGUCUUUGUCUGUUCUCUCUAAACACUACCCUUCCUGGUAUAUUCCCUCCCACCCCAUUGAAAUUUUCUGUUGAUAUUAUAUGCAUUAAACAAGUCACAUAAUCACACUUGACGCGUUUCAACCCACCAUGUCUUCUACUUAACAUUAACUAAUCAUCAUCAUUGUUUAAUCAACUUUCCUGAUCAUUUCCAAGAACACUACUUCUCUGUUCUCUGACUUCUCUCCCAUUUUUUGAUACCAAUCCAUCUGCUAAGUUUCUGUAUUUGUCACGGCAAUCCAUUGUUCAUGGGGCAAGAAACUAGGAGACUUGCCGACGAGUAUGAGGUAGCUGAGGUUUUAGGGAGAGGAGGAUUUUCAGUAGUGAGGAAGGGGAUAAGUAGAAAAGAAGGUACCAGUGACAAAAACAAUGUUGCCAUCAAAACACUCAAGAGACCAUUUGGGGGUUCUUCGUCUUCCUCAUCCAAACAAUCUUCAGCCAAUAUUGGUUUGAGGCAAGGCUUCCCUGUCCCAACUAGGAAACAAGUCUCGCUAUCUAAUGUUUUGCUCACAAAUGAAAUCUUGGUCAUGAGGAAGAUAGUUGAGAAUGUCUCGCCUCAUCCGAAUGUGAUUGACCUCUACGAUGUGUAUGAAGAUGAGAAUGGGGUUCACCUUGUGCUGGAGCUUUGUUCAGGAGGGGAACUCUUUGAUAGGAUUGUGAAGCAAGAGAGGUACUCUGAGGCAGGGGCUGCAGCUGUGGUCAGGCAGAUUGCACAAGGUUUAGCUGCUCUCCACAGAUCAAAUAUAGUUCAUAGGGAUUUGAAGCCUGAAAAUUGUCUAUUCUUAAAUAGUAGUGAUGAUUCUCCUCUGAAGAUCAUGGAUUUUGGGCUCAGCUCUGUCGAGGAGUUUACUGACCCUGUUGUUGGCUUGUUUGGUUCCAUUGAUUAUGUCUCACCAGAGGCACUUUCUCAGGGACAAGUAACUUGUAAAAGUGAUAUGUGGGCUCUUGGUGUAAUCUUGUAUAUCCUUCUAUCCGGGUACCCACCGUUUAUUGCUCAGUCGAAUCGGCAGAAGCAGCAGAUGAUAAUGGCGGGAGAAUUCAGCUUUUAUGAGAAAACUUGGAAGGGAAUAUCCUUAUCAGCGAAGCAAUUAAUAUCAGAUCUCCUCAAAGUUGACCCUGAAAAGAGACCUAGUGCUCAAGAGCUUCUAGAUCAUCCAUGGGUUGUAGGUCUUUCAGCCAGAGAGGAUCAAAUGGAUGCUGAGAUUGUCUCACGACUGCAGAGUUUUAAUGCUCGACGCAAACUCCGUGCUGCAGCAAUAGCUAGUGUGUGGACAAGUUCCAUUUUCUUGAGGACAAAGAAGCUCAAAUCACUACUAGGGUCUCAUGACCUUAAACAAGAGGAAAUCCAGAAUCUGAGUCUGCAUUUUAAGAAAAUAUGUCAAAAGGGUGAUAAUGCGACGCUGUCUGAGUUUGAGGAGGUGCUGAAAGCAAUGAAAAUGUCAUCACUGGUUCCUUUAGCACCCCGUAUUUUUGACCUAUUUGACAACAAUAGAGAUGGAGCAGUAGACAUGCGAGAGAUACUCUGUGGUUUCUCUAGUCUCAAGAAUUCACAAGGAGAUGAUGCUCUCCGCCUGUGCUUUCAGAUGUAUGAUACAGAUAGGUCGGGAUGCAUCAGUAAAGAAGAAGUGGCAUCGAUGCUCAGGGCUUUGCCAGAUGACUGCCUUCCAACUGAUAUUACAGAACCGGGGAAGUUGGAUGAAAUUUUUGAUCGAAUGGAUGCCAACAGUGAUGGGAAAGUUACAUUUGAUGAGUUCAAAGCUGCCAUGCAGAGAGACAGCUCUCUCCAAGAUGUAGUCCUCUCCUCUCUUCGGCCACUGUAGCUAGUCUUCCCGUCAUCAAACUUUCAUCUUUUAAGUUAAAGAGGAAAGGUGAAGAACAAUAUCAAGAUGCUCGAAAAGUGAGAUAAAUGCUAAAUUUUGCCGUGAAAUUUAAAUUUCAAUCUAAUUUGUUUAAGAAUAAAUUAGUAAAGAUAAUUUGGGGUAGCCAAUUGAGAAAUGAAAAGAUCCACACAUGUGUUUUAAAAUGUUAA